CGAUUCUCAAGGAAAGGAGGAAGUGAGCACCUAACCAACUGAAGCUAGUGUGUCGCCAUCAUUUUCGAUUUAGUAGCGCAUUGAUAUGGUGUGUCUGUGCAUGCUGACCACAGAGCUGUGAAAUACGAUACUUUUCUUUUAUGUCGACGUGGAUAGAUUGCUAAGUAUUAGAAACUACACACGCGUUGAAAUACAAUGGCUUCAUCGGAAAGGUGUCUCGCGAAAGGAAGUUCCGCUCCAGGUCCAGUGCCCAAGGGGAAGAUCCGGCUUUACAGCAUGAGAUUCUGUCCUUUUGCAGAGAGAGCACGUCUUGUCCUUCAUGCCAAGGGUAUCAAACAUGACACCUUCAACAUUAAUUUGAUGGACAAACCUGAUUGGUUCCUGAUGAAGAACCCACUUGGCCUGGUGCCAGUGCUGGAGAUGCCAGGUGGUCAGGUGAUCUAUGAAUCACCAAUCACGUGCGACUACCUGGAUGAGGUUUACCCAGAGAAGAAGCUGCUUCCAGCAGACCCUUUUGAGAAGGCUCAACAGAAGAUGCUGCUGGAGCAUUUCUCCAAGAUCGCCCCUUACUUUUACAAGAUUCCUAUGAUGAGAAGGGAUGACGAAGAUACUUCAAAACUGGAAGAAGAGUUGAAGGAAAAGCUCAUUAAACUGAAUGGGAACCUUGCUGGGAAGAAGUACUUUGGGGGAGAUUCAAUUACCAUGGUUGAUUACAUGAUUUGGCCCUGGUUUGAAAGAAUUGAGGGCAUUGGAUUAAAACACCUCAUGGAUGGAACGCCAGAACUGAAGAACUGGACAGAGUGCAUGCUGGAGGAUCCAUCAGUCAAGGCCUCCAUGUUGAACACUGAGACAUUCAAGGGAUUCUACAAAACAUAUCAAGACGGCAAACCUGACUAUGAUUAUGGCCUAUAGAAAGGAGAGUAUCUCUCCCAAAGUUGUUCUUUUUCUUUUGGCAAGGUAUAUGGUCUGUUUGCCAGAUAUAAAUCUGCUUGCUUUUCAUUCUUAUCACAAAUGGUUACUAAAGGUAUCUGGUCCAUAUUUUUUGUUUAAUGCCAUAUCAGCUGAUCAGGGUAUUUUUGUGCCAAAUUCAAUUAAAUUCAGUAAAUUAGACAGAUAAUGCUAAUUUGUUAAUUUGAGUAACCAAUGCUGAAAAUAAUUACAUUUUUGGCUUUGGUUGUAUUUUACAUUUGAUUGUACUGAAUCAGAAAUUGGAUUUUCGUCAGCGAUGAUCAUAGCUUUUGAAAUGACUGUUGUUAAUAAAGAUGAAGAACAUC